CAAGAAAGCUUGACCAAAGGAGACCUUCCUAUCUAACAAGAACCUUAAUGAUCACAGAAUUUCUUUUUGGUGAAUUCCCGUGUUUCUUUUACAGUUUCUGAUUCCAAAUGAGAAUAUACAUUUUUCUGUGUUUGAUGGGCUGGAUAAGAUUUGGAUAUUUAAAUUUGCCAUCGAAAGGCAAUGGAAGGUAUAAAAAUCUUGAGACUAAUAGAAAAUGCCUUGAAUUCUCAAAAUUAAAUGCAAUGUAUUCCCUAAAAGAUUUGUUUACCGGCAGUCUAAAGAUAAGUCUGAUGAUGUAUACAAGGUACAAUUCAACCUGUGCAGAACCAUUGUUUGGAUCUAAUAACUCGCUUAAUGCCCGUUUCGACUUGUCAAAGAAAACGGUCUGGAUUAUUCAUGGAUUCAGACCACUGGGAUCCACCCCAGUUUGGCUUUCGAUGUUUACUGAGGCAUUUUUGAAACAGGAAGAUGUGAAUCUCAUUGUUGUAGACUGGAACCAUGGUGCUACAACUUUCCUUUAUAGAAGAGCUGUUACAAACACCAGAAAGGUGGCUGCAAGUUUGAGUGUGUCCAUUCAAAAUCUUUUGAACCAUGGAGCAUCUCUUGACAAUUUUCAUUUCAUAGGUAUGAGCUUAGGGGCUCAUAUUAGUGGUUUUGUAGGAAAACUAUUUCACGGUCAACUUGGAAGAAUCACAGGUCUUGACCCAGCUGGACCAAAUUUUUCUAGAAAACCAGCAGAUAGCAGGUUAGAUUACACUGAUGCAAAGUUUGUGGAUGUCAUCCAUACUGAUACCAACGGAUUAGGCAUUGUAGAGCCAUUGGGACAUAUAGAUUUUUACCCAAACGGAGGAAAACAACAGCCAGGUUGUCCUACAAACCUUUUUUCAGGAGUUAAUUACAUAAAAUGUGACCAUCAGAGAGCAGUUUACUUGUUCCUUGCAUCUUUUGAAACAAACUGCAGUUUUGUCUCAUUUCCUUGUUCCUCCUACGAAGAUUACAAGAAUGGUUUAUGUUUGGACUGUGGGACCCUUCCCAAAGACUCCUGUCCUAGGCUUGGUAACAAAGCUAGACCUUGGUGGAAAGAAGGUUUGAAGAAAAAAACAGAAGGGUGGCCUUUCAGGACCCUUGCAUUUUUGGAUACUAGCAGCAAAAAUCCAUUCUGUGCCUAUUAUUUUUCUCUCAGUAUAGUUCCUUAUAACAAAACUGUGAAGGAUGGCUCAAUUUCAUUUAGUGUAUUAAGUAAGCAUGACCAAUUUUCAUAUCCGAGGCUCUAUGAGACGAGCAAACCAUUUGAUGAUCUUAAAGAAUUCAAGAUCCUUGCUCUGUUCAAAAUAGAUAUUGUGAACAUUUCAUGCAUUUAUAUCACAUACAUGCCGUCCUCAGGUUCUUACUGUUCCACAUGCCAAUACAAAUUCCAGAGUCUCAUGUUAAAGUCACUUACCAAUCCAGAAAGACCACCAGCUUGUAAGUAUGAUUUUGUACUUACGGAAAGAAAAAUAACAGAACUUCGACCAGAUACAUGUAAGGUGUGAAUGCCUUCUUUGAUCCAUUUCAAAAUCCUGGGCCAAAGGAUUUGUCCACUGCAAUAAUGAAACCAGCAUUGUUUUAGAAUGAACUAUUCAAUCUGUUAUUCAGGUGUAUAUAUAUGUUUUUUUUAAUUAAAAAUUUCCACCUCCUCCCUGCCUCCCCUUUUCCUCCCCCUCCCCCACUCCCCACACCCCACUCCCCUCUCUCUCCCUCUCCAGUCCAAAGAGCAGGCAGGGUUCCCUGCCCUGUGGGAAGUCCAAGGUCCUCCCCACUCCGACCAGGUUUAGGUAGGUGAGCAUCCAAACAGGCUAGGCUCCCACAAAGCCAGUAAAUGCAGUAGGAUCAAAACCCAGUGGGUGAACCCAAAGGUGUAUGUAUUUUAACACAUUUUGGAGAUUCAAGAUAAGAAAAUAUAAUAUUCAUAUGAUAAAAAGCAUUCUGAAUAUAUUCUAAUGCUGUUUGUUUUCCCUUAUCUGCUUCCUAUAUACAUUUUAAAAUUGAGUAUUUAUAUCUUAUUCUAAUCAGUGAAAAUGUUAAAAACAUAUUUUCUAAAGUGAAAUAGCAAGUUUAGUGCUUUAGAGUGGAAGAAAAUCAAUAUCACUGUACCUCUCUAUUGUAAAAAAAAAGAUUUUUAAUUUGAAAAUUUAUUGUUUAGUGAAAUAAGUUGGAUUAAUGUGAUCCUUGUUAAGAUGAAUAUUUUUAUGUGCUUCAAAUAACAAUGUUGUGCUACUGUGUCAAAUAAAUUAAUAAUUUAUGAAUGUAUGAUACUUAAGAUGAAAUCCUAAAUCCAUAACUUAAUGACUUUAAGUAGAUUAAUUCAAUUUAUUGUAUUUUUAAGUUCUCUAAGAAACAUUUAUGAAAUUUACUCAAGUAAACUACAAAUAGCGUCUGUUCACCAUGAUGAUAAAAAUAAAGAUGAUUAUAGCUAACAGUUGCAUAGAUCAUUGUGCCGUUGGAGCAUAUUAACCCAUCUAACUAUGUAAAACCACGUGAAACUAGUCUUACAUAACAGAUGAAGAGACGCCAGCAAAAACAUGCUGAAGACUCAUGUGUAACUCAAGUCCCAUCAGUGAUAACUGGUUACAUGUCAAUCAUCUUGUUAACGUCUUUCAUCAACUUUUUAGUAAUGUGAGGAGUUAGAUUAAUUACCACUGUAAUUUGGAAUGCAAUCUAAAUUUCCGUGCAUUCUCCAUCUCACUGGGUUAAUCAAGGCCCCUCCCUGCCACAGAAUGUCUUCCUUGAGUCUCUGUACCUCUGUAGUUUGUUGUUAUAGGCUACUGAAGGGGAAUGCCAAGUAGAGUCCAUACUGAUGCUCUUUGUUGUGGUUUCCUUUUCUUUUUUGUUUAAUUGUAGUAGUGUCUUAGUGUCUGCAGUUGAUUGUCUUCUUGUUAUGUACUCACAGGAUCUACUAUGUGU